UCGUAUUCCAACAAAACGUUGUUAAUUGGCCAGAGUUCAAUACAAACGCUACCGGAGAAUAUCAACUUUAUAGUCUCAAAAAGUAUCUGCCCCGCGACAAAAACAAUAAAAACUAGCAUGAAGAAUUAUAAUUGUCAAAACCUCUGCUAUAUGAUCGUGUGCGCUCUCAUCGGACUCGCACAUGCACGCCCACUUUCUGAUUAUAAUAGCGUUGAGAGUCUCCAACCUACCACAACUGCAACUACAGUAGAGCUCGACACGCUCGAUACAAAUCAACCGGAAAUGCAACAACAAAGCACAGUGAACGGAUUCAACGAUUUAGUAAUUUUGGAGCCCGCUCUUGAAGCGCCACUUCCAUUUGAGAUGAACGAACGUGUGCGUCGUGCUUUGACCGAAGCACAACUCAAUGAGCCGGUCGAUAUGGAUUUCGAUAUGGAACUAGCGGAGGUGAAUCUAUUCCGUCCACUCUUUCGUUAUCGCGCCGAAGUGGCACGCAACGUGGGACGAGCGCGGAGAGUUGGCUAACCUUAAUUGUUCCUUAAAAGUACUUAUAUUUAUAAUUAGCUUAAGUAAUUUUUGUACCUCAUUAUUGGUUAGUGAAAUAAAAGAUAUUCAG